AUGGAUGGCGACGGAUCGGCGAAAGGUGGUGACGACGAUGGUAACAAGCCGUACGAAGAAGGCGAAGAUGACUACAACGUGGGAGAUGACAUGUACGGAGACGAAGGUGAUUAUGGCGAGGAAGGUGGUGCCGAGGGUUCAGGAAAAGGACGGCCGCACCCCCCUGGCGAUGGGCUUCACGAGGGGGGCGACGGCGAAGAGUACGGCGAGGAAUACGGCGAAGAGGACGCAGAAGGAGAAUAUUACGAGGAGGAAGAGGGUGUUGAGGGGCAGAAGGUGGGAGGCGUGAAGGGCGAAGGAGAGGGGGAAUACGAGGGGGAGGAAGGGGACUGGGAGGGCGAAGGCGAGUAUUACGAUGAGGAAGGCGAAUACGUGGAAGGGGGUGGCGAUGGUGGAGCGAAGGCGGCUGGCGAGGGAGAGGAGCACUACGAGGGCGAGGAGGGGUACGGCGAGGGCGAGGAGGACGGGGAGUGGUACGGGGAAGAAGGCGAGGGGCACGCGGAGGGCGGAGGGGGCGCGGAAGGUGGGGCGCACGCAGAAGGGGAAGAGUAUGCAGAAGGGGGGGAGUACGGGGAAGAGGGGGAGUGGGAUGAGGAGUAUGGUGAAGAGGGUUAUGGGGAGGAGGGGGAGUAUGCGGAAGAAGGGGGAGAGUACGCGGAAGAGGGGGGAGAGUACCCGGAAGAAGGGGGAGAAUAUGCGGAAGAAGGGGGAGAAUACGCGGAAGAAGGGGGAGAAUACGCGGAAGAGGGAGGAGAGUAUGCGGAAGAAGGGGGGGAACACGCGGAAGAGGGGCGCGAAGAGGAAGGUGGUGGUGAUGUUCUUGCGGAGGGGGCAGAGAGGGGCGAAGUUGAAGAAGAGCUGCCGCGGGAAGAGGGGGAUAUGUAUGCGGAAGGGGAGGACAUGUACGGGGAAGACGGGGACAUGUACGACGAAGAGGAUGAGGAGGCGGGGGAGGAAGGAGUGGAGGGGCAAGGCGGAGGAGGGGGGUUGGGGAGGGGCAAGAAAGAGAGCGGCAAGGGCAGCGCGGAAGGGGCUGAGGGCGGAACGGAGGAGGCGGAUGAACGGUUGGGGGAGGACGAUUUGCACCCGGAGGACGAGGGGGGUUACUUGGAAGAAGAGGGGGAGUACCCGGAGGAAGAGGGGGCAUACCCAGGGGAAAAGGUGGAGUACCCAGAAAAAGAAGGAAAAUUCCCAGAAGAAGAAGGGGAAUAUCCAGAGGAAGAGGGGAAGUACCCAGAGGAAGAGGGGGAGUAUCCAGAGGAAGAGGGGGAAUACCCAGAGGAAGAGGGGGAAUACUUGGAGGAAGAGGGGGAAUACCCGGAGAAAGAAGGAGAGUACCCGGAGAAAGAGGGGGAAUACCCAGAGGAAGAGGGGGAAUACCCGGAAGAAGAGGGGGAAUACCCGGAGGAAGAGGGGGAGUACCCGGAGGAAGAGGGGGAAUACCCGGAGAAAGAAGGAGAGUACUCGGAGAAAGAGGGGGAAUACCCGGAGGAAGAGGGGGAAUACCCGGAGGAAGAGGGGGAAUACCCGGAGGAAGAGGGGGAAUACCCGGAGGAAGAGGGGGAGUACCCGGAGGACGGGGGACAGGAAGGGGAGGAACCGGGGAUGCAGGAAAGGGAGGGGGGGCUGCAUGAGGAGGACGGCGCAGAGGGGGAGGCGGAGGAAGGAGUGUGGCGUGAAGGCGGCGACGAGGAGGAGGGCGCGAGGGCAGUGCUGUCGGAGGGGGAGGAGGAGCGCACUGAAGCAGCCGCGGAGGAGGGGCAGAGGGAGGAUGCGGGUACGGCGAGUAAGGGCGAGGGAGUUGCAAGCAGGGCACGCGGCGAGGAGAGUGAUGCAGAAGAUGCGGAUGAUGGGGGAGGUGGCGCCGCAGAGGUGGCGAGCGCGGAGGGCGAGGAUGAGCGGGGGGACGAGGGCGGCGAGCAGAGGGUUCGAAACGACGAUGAGGGCGCUGGGCUUGCGGAGGAGGAGAGGGAGGGGAGGGUGGGGGGAGGGGAGGAAGAGGUUGAGGAGCGUGGCGAGGAUGCUGAGGCAGACGGAAGGGACGUUGCAGGCCGCAGUGCUGGUGAGGGGAGCGACGAGGAGGGUGAUGGGCGCAGUGACGGUUGGCAAGGGUCACGUGGGAGGGCAGGCAGUGAGGACGAAGGGGGCGACGGGGAGAUGGGGAUGCGGAGAGCGAGUGAGGAUGGCGGGGAUGGGGAGGGAAGGGGAAGGCUGUACAGUGAUGAUGAUGAGGAGGAAGGGGGGUACGGUGGACGGCGAGGGGAGGGACGGGGCGAGUACAGCGAGGAUGAGAGGAGUGAUUACAGCGACGAGGGAGCGGGGCGAAGGGGAAGGCGACCCCUGUACAGUGAUGAGGAGGAUGAGGGCGCGCGCGGGAGAGAUGGGGAGCGGCCGCGGGGAAGAUACAGUGACGAUGAGUACAGUGAUGAGGACAGGGGGUACGGGCGACGCAGGGACAGGCGUGCUGGUGAUGAGGAUGAGGAUGAGGAUGAGGAAGGAGAGGGGUACAGGCGGAGAGAGCGGUAUAGUGAUGAGGAGGAUGGCGACGAGAGGAGGAGAGGACGCUACAGUGACGAGGAGGAGGAGGAAGAGAGGUACAGGAGGCGAGGGGAGAGGUAUAGCGAGGACGAGAGGUCGGAGGGUGCAGACGAGGAGGCCAUGGAAGGAGCAGAGGGGGAGGGAGCAGGAGGGGAUGGGGAGGGAGGUGCGGGUGCAGUGGAUGCUAAGGGCACAGGGGAGGGCGGCGAGGAAGAAGACACAGCUUCACAUGGCGCGGAGGGUGGUGAGAUGGUGGGGCAGGAGGACGAACGGCACAGCGAGGAGGACGAGCAGGGCGGUGAGGAGGAGGGGGGAGUGGACGGCAAGGCCACACGUCCCCAGGAGCGGAGUGAAGGGGAAGUGGACGCGGGGGAGGAUGCAGGCGAGGAAGGGACGGAUGCGCUUCAGAACGAAGGGGAGUGGGAAGGGAAGGAGAGUGCUGGGGAAGAGAAGAGAGGUGGGGCAAAUGACGUGAGUGGUGAGGAGGAAGAAGGGGUAGGAGGAGGCGCAUCUGGUGCUGAUUUUGGUGAGCUCAUGGGGGAGGAACGACAAGGGGAGGCGAAAAGGGACUUGCUCAGCGAUGGUGAGGAGGAAAGGCAUGCACACAGUGAGGAGGAGAGAGAUGUGUACAGGGACGAGGAAAGGGAUAUGCAUGGUGAGGAGGAAGAGGAUAUGUAUGGUGAGGGUGGUGCAGACAUGCAAAACGAGGAGGAGAGGGAUAUGUAUGGCGAGGAGGAAGGGGGAAUGCGAAGCGAAGAGGGGAGAGAGAUGUAUGGGGAUGGCGAAGGGGAAAUGCAAGGCGAGGAGGAAAGGGAAAUGCUAAGCGAGGGGGAGCAGGAUAUGUAUGGCGAAGAACCCGAAGGUGUCCAGAGGAGUGAGGAUGGGUUGAGCGAGGAUGAGUCUCUUCUGCGUGGUCGUGGUGGUAAAGCUGGUGCGUUCCGAAGCGACGCGGGAGAGGAGGCGGCAGAGGGUGAGGAGGCAGAAGGUGAGGAAGGUGGAAUUGAGAAAGGGACAUAUGGGGAAGGGGCCGACGAGGAAGGCAGUGACUAUAACGAGAGCCCCAGGGCUGAUGGAGGAGGUGGGACAGUGAGGGAGGAGGGGGACGAGGAAGAGCGAGAAGGAGAGGAGCAGGAGGAGAGGCGUGAGCCGGGGUUAGAGAGAGAUGAGGAGGAUGCGGCAGAAGAAGGGACCGAGAAGGGAGGGGCAGGAUCAGAUGAUGAAGGGAUGGAUGAGGAGGGAGAUGAAUAUAGAGAGGGAGACGAAGAGCUCUAUGACGAGGACGAGGAGCACGGGCUGACUGCACGCAUGCAGGGGAGGCGAGGAGGGAUGAGGGGGGAAGAGGAGGAAGAGGAGGAGGGGGAGGAGUUGUACGGAGGGUAUGGGGACGAGGAUGACCGCUCUCCACGUGAGUUUGGAGGGAGCGAAGGACUGGAGGGAGAGGAGGGCGAGGAGAGGGAUGGCGAUGGGGGGGAGGAGGAGCUGUACGGAGAGCAGCAUGAGGAGGAGGAGGGGGUGGGGGCGGGCGGAGAGACAGACGAUGUGUCUGAGGAGGGGUUGACACCAAGAGGGUUGAGGGGCAGUGAGCAGAUGAGCGUGGGGGAGGAAGAUGCAGAGGAGGAGGGGGAGAAGGGAAGGGCGAGUGUGAACGAGGAAGAGGAAGGCGCAGAUGAGAGAAAGGAUGUGUUGAGGAUGCCGGAUGUGCUUUCGGACGAGGAGGGCGAGAGGGAGGACGGGGAGACGCCCAGGCUUGCACGGCAGCGCGGAGAGGGCAGCAAGCACAAGGAGGAGGAGGAGGAUUUGGAGGAGGAGCGGAGGAAGGGAAGUGAAUGGGACAGCGAGGAGGAGAGAGUGAGGUCUGGUGCAGGCAGUGAGGAAGGGGGAACUCCAAGGGCGAUGGGGAGAAGGAGGAGGGGAGGGAGGCACCGAGAAGGGGAAGAGGAUGAGAGCGACGGCAGUGAGUAUGGCAGGGGGCUGCGAGGUGAGGGGUACAGUGAUGACGAGAGGUACAGCGGGCGGGGCAGUGAGAGGGGUAGUGAGAGGGGUAGGGGUGAUUACAGUGACGAGGAGAGGUACAGGCGGCGAUAUGGUGACGAUGAGGAGUUGAGUGACGAGGGCAGUGAGUAUGGGCGUGGGAGGGGGCCGGCCAGGGAUGGGUAUGGUCGCAGGGGGAGAGGGCUGGAGGGAGAGGAGGAGAGGAGGAGUGAGGAGGGGUCAGAGGUGGUGAGUGAUGUGGAUGGGGAGGAGGUGGUGGGCAGACGUAGCGAGAGUGGCGGAAAGGGUGCGGGGCAUGGGGUGGGUGGCGAGGAGGAGGCGGAUGGCGAGGAGGGGAGGGAGGAGGAAGCUGGUGAAGGAGGGGUUGAUGGGAUCCAGAAGGCCACAGAGGACGAGGAUGCACGUGGGGACGAGAAUCAGGAGGAGGGGGAGGAGGACGGGGUGGGUGAGGGGAACAUAGAGGGGAAGAGGCGUGUACGGUUUACAAAGGAGGAGGAGCAUGAGGUGUGGGAGACAGAGCGGGCGAGCGAUGGCGAUGGGGACGAGGACGAGGAGGAGAUUGAUGAAGACGAUGGGGGCAGGGGAGCGAGCACGAGGCAGACGAGGGCAGAGGGGAGUGUGGAAGGGAGUGUGGAAGGGAGUGUGGAAGGGAGUGUGGAAGGGGAGAGUGAGGGCGAGGGGAGUGUGGAUGGGAAGCGGAGGGAGAGGCGGAUAGUGUGGCGAGACGAGGUGGGUAAUGAGUUGGAGGAUACGCAGCGAGGCGAGGAGGAUGAGCAGGAGGGCGAGGAGGGGCCGAGGGAGGAGCAUGAGUGGGGGAGCGAAGAGGAGGAGGAUGAGGGGGGCAGGGCGAGGGAGGAGCAGCGCAACAUGGGUCCGCAUGAGAUGGAGGAGGAGGAGGAGGGCGAGGAGGCGGGGAGCGGCGGGGAGGAGAACUGGCGAGAGGAGUUUGGGAGCGGCAGAGACGGUGAGGAGGACGAGGAGGAUGAAGAUGAGGAGGGUGUGGAGGCAAGGGGUCGAUUUGGCAGGGGGGAUGGUAGAGACGAGGAGGAGGAGGACCUAUUCCCUGUUGGGGGGUAUGGGGAGGACGAGGAGGAAGAGGAGGAGGAGGAGGGGGACGAGAUGCGGAGAGGGAAGGAGGAAGAUGAGGAUGAGAUGCCUUACACUCCCCAGACGCCUGAGUUCAUGGGACGUGAGCAGAUGCGCGGGGUAGGGUUUGCACGGCGAAGAGGCGGUGAUGCUGGUGGGCACGAGGAGGAUGAGGAGCGAUCAGAGAGGGACGACGGGUCGGACGUGCACGAGAGGGACAGUCGUGGGGAGGGGCAGGAAGGCGAGGAGGAGGGAAGUGUGGAGGGGAGUGUGAAAGGGUUGCGGGUUAUGAGGCGCGGGGUUGGGCUGCUUGGCAGCAGCACCAGCAUGGGAGAGAGCUCGGAAGGCGGCGACCUGUUCCCUGUGUACGAUGAUGAUGAGGGGGAGGGGGAGGAGGAGGAUGGGCAUGGGGAGGGAGGGAGGCGGCGAGGCGAGGAGAAGUUGAGUAUAGAGGACGGGGAUGAGUGGGACAGUGGCGAGGAGGGUGCGAGCGACCAUGGUGGCAGGCGGGUUGGACAGGGAGCAUGGCGGGGGGAAGAGAUGGGGGAGGACGAGGGUGGGGAGGAGGAGGAGGAAGGGGAAGGGGAGGGCAGGGGGGUGGAGACGGGUCCAAGCAGAGGAGCGAGUGUGGGCGCGGGCGGUGCGUUCCCCAGGUCGGCAUCGCAGAGCCUCCAGCGCAGCAGCAAGUACAUGCGCGAUGUGAUGCUCGAGAUGCAGGCUGACGAGGACGAGGCGGAGGGUAAGGGCGAGGAGCGAGAGGGAGAGGAAAUGGAGGGAGAGGAGGGAGAGGAGGGAGAGGAGGGAGAGGAGGGAGAGGAGGGGGACGAGGAGAUGGAGGCGAGAGCAGGGAGGUUGAGCGGCAGGGUGAGAAGGGAGGGAGCGCGGUCGCUGCUGCCCAAGUCGUCGUCUCAGUCGAGCAGUCUGCAGCGCAGCGGCAAGUUCGAGCUUGACUUCCUGCACGAGCUCGACGCCGAGGCUGGUGGCUUGGCACGCUCCGAUGAUGGUGAUGAGGAGGGCGAGUGGGAUGAGGAGAGGGAGAGGGCGAGGGAGGAGGAUGGGGAGGGGGGUGAGAAUGGCAGCAUGGGAGGGGCCAGUAGAGAGGAUGCAGCGGAGGAGGAUGAGGAAAGUGAGGGGGGAGGUGGUAGUGUGGGGUUGAGAGGGAGGAGUGAGGCGAGGAUGGGGGAGGGGGGUGAGAGGCGCGCGUCUGCGCGGUCGCUGUUCCCCAAGUCGGCGUCGCAGAGCCUGCAGCGCAGCAGCAAGUACGUGAGCGACCUGCUCAGCGACCUGGACCUGUAUGGCGAUGGCGCCGGGCAGGGCGCAGGCGAGGGCGCGCAGGGAGGGAAGGCGAAGGCGAGGGGUAGGGAGGCGAAGGGAGGACUGCAGCGCAGCAGCAAGUACCUGACUGGUGGGGGGAUGCACGAGAUGGGGGAGGAGGGCGAGGAAGGGGAGGAUGAGGUGGGUGGGGAGGAGAGAGGGGGCGAGUGGGGCAGGGGCAGGGGCGAGGAUGGCGGGCGGCAGGCGGCAAUGGCUCGCUUCCCCAAGUCGCAGUCGCAGAGCCUGCAGCGCAGCAGCAAGUACAUGAGCGACCUGAUGGGCGAGCUGGGCUUGCAGCGAGGUGGCAGUGGUAAGGUCGGUGAUGGUGGUGGCGCUGGCGCUGGUGGUGGGCUGAGGAGCCGCGCGUCUGGCGGGCUGGAGCGCAGCAGCAAGUAUGUGAAAGACUUAAUGGAGGAGUUGCAGGAGGAGGGGGAGCCAGGGGACGGGCGCGAGGAGGAGGAUGAGGAGGAGGAGGGUGGUGGUGGAUUUGGCAAUGGCAGUGCGAGAGGCAGCAGCGUGGGCGGGGGGGCAGGAGGGCUGCAUAGAAGCACCAAGUACGUGAAGGACCUGCUGUCUGACCUGGAUCUGUAUGAUGAUCACGUGGCUGCUGAGGCUGCUGCAGACGCUGCUGCUGCUCUCGCUGCUGCCAGGGGCGGCCGUGCUGCUGGGUCUGGUGAGGCGGAGGAUUAUUCAUCGGAGGAGGAAAGGGAUGGGCAAGAGCAGGAGGAGGGGUAUGGGGAGCAGGAGGAGGGGUAUGGGGAGCAUGAGCUGGAGUAUGAGGAAGACGAGGAAUUCAGAGAGGAGGGGGAGGAGUAUAGGGAGGACAUGGAGGGGGAUGAGGAGGUAGCAGAGCGGGCAUGGGAAGCAGAGCAGCAGCAGCAGCAGAAGCAGAAGCAGCAGCAACAGCAGGCGUCGUCGCAGCAUGAGCAGUCGUCGCAGCUGGCGCGCAGCAGCAAGUACAUCUCGGACCUCAUGGACGAGCUGCGCAGCGAGGAGGACGAGCGCGAGCAGGAGGAGAUGCACGCCCGCGCCUCCGCCACCCAGGAAGGGCUGCAGCGGAGACCCAGCGGCAUGCAGGGGGGGCUUCGAGGCGGGCUGAGGCGGAGUGGUAACCACGUGGGCGACGUCCUGGCUGCCAUGGGGACAGAGGAGGGGGAUGCAGUGGGGGGCGCGGGGGAGAGGGAGGGGGAGGAGGAGGUGGAAGGGAUGUGGGAUGAGGAACGGGAAGAUUGGAAGGAUGGGGAAGGAGAGGAGGGUGAGGAGGGAGGGGAGAGAGAGGAAUGGGAGGAAGGGGUGGGGUAUGGGAGGAGGGAGGAUGGGCGGGGGUCGGAGGACGGAGAGGCGCUGAUGAGAAGCCCUCGCGGUGAGUGGGAGGGGGAGGAGGGCGAGGAGGGGGACGAGGGGGAGGAGGGGAGGAGGUUUGGUGAUGGGGAGGAAAGGGAGGAAGAGGAAUGGGAGGAGGGAGCAGGGUCACAGCAGGGAGGAGAGGAAGGAGAGGAGGACGCGGGCAGGAGGAGGCGGACGAAAAUACAGUGGAAGGAUGAAACAGAGUGGAAGGGAGAUGGGGAGGAGGGUGGAGAGGAGUGGCAUGAGGAGGGGGGUGAGGAGGGAGAGUGGGACAGGGAGGGUGAGGAAGGGAGGUAUGGGCAUGGGGAUGAGGGGGAGGGGGUUGAUCUGUUCCGUGAAGGCGUGCAUGGUGGCAUGGGUGAUGAUGACGACAUGCGUGAUGGCGUGCAUGGGGGCAUGCGUGAUGGUGUGCAUGGGGGCAUGCAGGGCGAGGAGUGGCGCGAUGUCGAGGACGAUGGCGGGUACGGGCAGGGCGAGCGGGGGGAGAUGGCAGAGGAGGGGGAGGAGGGGGAGGAGGGGGAGGAGGGCGAGUGGGAAGGGCAGGGCGCGAGGGGCAAGGGGCGAGGGCACAGGGGUGGGGACUCGGGAGGGAGCUUCGACUUUGGGAUGGGCUUGCAGGGAGGGGCGCAGGGCGAGGAGGGCGAAGAGGAGGAGGAGGAGAGGCGUGAGGCAGAGCUUGCGAUGAGAGAGGAGGGCUUUGGGGAGGAGGGCUUUGGGGAGGAGGGCGAGUACGAGGAGGGGCUGGAAGGGCAUGGCAUGGAAGGUGAGAGGGUGGGUGAUGGGGAGGCGGAGUAUGGGGAUGAGUAUGCGGGCCACGGGAAGGAGGGGUUUGAGGAGGGCGACGAGUACGAUGAGGGCAGGGAGGGGCUUGGUGGGGAGGGGGAGACUGGUUUUCUGGAGGGGGACGAGGGGUAUGUGGAGGGCGAGGACGGGUAUGUGGAGGGCGAGGAAGGUUACGUGGAGGGAGAGGAAGGGUAUGAGGAGGAAGGGUUUGAAAUGGAGCAGGAGAGGUACGGAGCAACCGGGGAGGGGUACGAGGAAGGGGAGCACAUGCAUGGCGAGGGGCACGCGGAGCUUGAUGGCAGUGAGGGGCAGGACGAGUUUGAGCAUGGGGAGGGCAGCGAUGAGCAUGCUGGUGCUGGGGGUGCUUACAGGCGGGGAGGCGGGGAGUAUGAGGAGGAUGAUGGGGCGUAUGAGGAGGGGGGUGAAGAGGGGUACGAGGGAGAGAGGCACGGGGUGCAGCAUGGGGGCUUGGAGUAUGGGGAGAUGGAGGGAGGCGAGGGGGAUGAGUACGAGGGUCACCCAGAGGACGAGUAUGGACCGCCUGAGGAGCAUGCGUAUGGGCAGGCGGGCGAGGAGGACUAUGAUGAGUACCAUGAGGGGCAUGGGCAUGGGCAUGGGGAUGAGGAGGGGCAUGGAUAUGAGAUGGAGGAUGGUGAGGGCGAUGAGUACGGGCAUGGGGGGGCAGAGGAAGGGGAGGAAGGCGAGGGGCAGGGCAUGGAGGGCGACUCAGACGAGGGGCAGGCGGCGCCGUACGACCACGAGGACCACGAGUUCUACCGUACACAGGACCACCGCGACGGCCACGAUGGCCACGACGAGGGCGGCAACGACUGGCUGCUUCCUCCUGGUGGGCGGCGGGGCUCGUCGGAGCUGUACCGGGGGCGCAGCCUGGGGCGUAUUGACGAGCAGGUGGUGGCGGGGGCGGGCAAGCAGCGGUCUGACCUGCAGCGCGGGGGCAGCCUCAACCAGCGCGACGGGUCGUGGCAUGCCCAGGGCGGGCACGGCUCUCAGGGAGGGCUGCGCCGCGGGCUGCGACGUGGCGGCAGCCUGAACCAGCCGGACGGCGACUGGGUGCAGGCGGGGCAGCCCUCGGCGCACAGGGCGUCCUCCCUGCGGCGGGGGAGCAGCCUCAAGUGGGCAGAUGAGGAGGAAGCAAAGGGGAGAGGAGGGGGGAGUGGGGGAGGAGCUGGGGAGAGUGCGGAUGGAGGGAAGGGGAGGGAUUUGGUGAGGGGGCGGAGUCUGGGGAGGACGGACGGGGAGUGGAUGGACCGGCGGGUGAACCGACAGCUGGACGAGCUGAUCCACAAGGAGGGUGUGCGCAUCGAGAAUGGCGUGCCCUCCCGCUCCCGCUCCCUGGGGCCGGGCGUGUGGAGCAGCCAUGACAGGGAGGAGGGGGAGGAGGACGAUGGGCAGGGCGAGGGCGGCAGCGGCAGGGGCAUGCGUGGGCGCGGUGGUGGUGGGGGUGGUGCAGCGGAUCAGUAUGGCGAUCUUGGGCCGUUCAAGCCGCGCCCGCCGUCGCGAUCCCGGUCGUCGAUUCCGGCGGAGCAGAUGGCAUCGACGGGCCUGAGGGGGUCGCGAUCAAAGUCGCUGGGCAAGAACGUGACGUGGGCCCUGGAUGAGAAGCAGAGUGACCGUGAGAGGGAGGAGGGCAGUGGCAUGUGGGCGGAGGAGGGGGGCAAGUGGGGCGGCGGACGCAUUCAAGAGGAAGAGGAGGAUGGAGAGGAGGUGGGGGAGGAGGACAGGAGAGUACAGGAGGAGGAUGGGUAUGGCGGGCGGGAGAGGGACGAGGAGGAGUACUUGGAAACUCUGCAGGAGGAGGAAGGGGAGGGCGAGGAGGAGGAAGGAGAGGAGGGAGAGGAGGAGGAGGACGAGGAGGAGCAGGAGCGGGUGGCGAGCAUCAAGUUCCAGGCGUCGCGGUCACAGUCGCUGGGCAAGGUGGAGGCGCACUCCAUGGCUCUGGGGCGCAUGGCGUGGCACGCGGGCGGCCAGGGGUACGAGGAUGAGCGGGCGGAGGGCGGGGACGGGGGCGAGGAGCAAGGGGGGUGGAGGCGGGGAGGGGCGAGGGGCAAGGCGAAGCCGUCGCGGUCGCAGAGUGUGACGGCGACGGAGCUGCUGCGCGCACAGGUGGGCGCGGGCGGUGUGGGGAAGUCGGAUCUGCUGCGCACCGACUCUGUGUUCGCCAAGCUGGAGCAGCACCUGGUGCAGCGGCGCGGACAGGCGGGGUAUGGGCAGGGGGAUGACGGGGAGAUGGAGGGAGAGGAGGGUGUGGAGAUGGAUGGGGAGUAUGGCGCGGGGGAGGAGGGCGUGUAUGAGCGGGAGAGGGAGGACGGGGAUUGGGAUGGGGAAGGGGAGGAGCGGAUGGAGGGCGAGGAGGAGUAUGAGGAGGGGCGGCAGGAGGAUGGAUAUGGCGAUGGGGAGGAGAGGUACGGUGAGGGCGAGGGAUAUGGGGAGGAGGGUGAGGGGUAUGGGGAGGAGGGAGAGAGGUAUGGGGAGGAGGGCGAGAGGUAUGAGGAGGAGGGAGAGAGGUAUGGGGAGGAGGGAGAGAUGUAUGGGGAAGAGGGAGAGAGGUAUGGGGAGGAGGGAGAGCGGUAUGGGGAGGAGGGCGAGGGAUACGGAGAGGAGGGAGGGUUUGAGGGAGAGGGUGAGUAUGGUGAGGAGGAGGGGAGAUACGAGGAGGGCGAGAUGGGGGGUGGAGAGGCGGAGGAUGAGGAGGACGAUCGCGAGCGACAGAUGGAGAGGGAGAGAGAGCUGGCGCUGGAGAUGGCAGCCGAGAUGGAUGAACGGCUGGAGAUGCGCAUGGACGAGGAGCACGAGGGGAUCAAUGGCCUGGAUGGGUUUGAUGACGAGCUGGACGGGGAGGGCAGCCUGGAGUUUGAGGGGCAGGAUGAGGCGGGGUCGCAAGAGCACGUGCAGGAGCAAGAAUACGAGCAGGAGCAGGAGGAUGAGGGUGAAUACGAGCAUGAAGGGCAUGGCAUGGAUGGGCAUGAAGGAGAGGAGGGCCAUGGGGAUGAGCAGGGGGAUGGGCAUGGAGAAGAGUACGAGGGCGAGUAUGACGGCGAGCAGGACCACAUGUUGGCAGGCGGGGAGGGCGAAGGGCUGCUGGACGAGGUGGGUGAGGAGGUGCUGCACGCGUGGCGCCUGCCGUCCAUCGGCCCGCGCGCCCCCCUGGGGUUCAACCUGGACGCCAUGCACAUGCCGCCCUCGCCUGCUGGCAAUAGCCCCAUGGGCAGCCCCCUUGGCAGCCCCUUCGGGCACGGCGCCCCGAGCAGCCCCCUGGGGGGCUUUGGCUCCGUGGCAGGGGGGGAUGAGGGCGGGCGGGCCGAGGGGCAUGGCGGCAUGGCGCAUGGUGGCGAGCUGGAGCACGUGCAGGAGGGCGAGGGGGAAGGGGAGGGGGAGGGGUAUGGGGAGGGGGAGGGGGAGGGGUAUGGGGAGGAGGGACAAGGGGAGGAGGGGUAUGGGGAGGAAGGGCAUGAGGAGGAGGGGUAUGGGGAGGAGGGGUAUGUGGAGGAGGGGCAUGGAGAGGAGGGGUAUACGGAGGAGGGCCAUUUAGAGGAGGGGUAUGAAGGAGAGUUUGGUGAGGGCGAAGGGUAUUACGAGGAGGGGGGUGAAGGUGCUGGGGGGGAGUAUGGUGAAGGGCAGGAGUACCAUGAUGGGGAGGGGGGGUAUCAAGAGGUGGAAGGGCAGUACGAGGAGGGGGAGGGAGGAUAUGCGGAAGAGGGACAGCAGUUUGUGGAGCAUGAAGGAGGUGAAUAUGGGGAAGGUGAUUAUAACGAGGGUGAAGGGGAGUUUGAUGAGCAGCAGGAGUAUGAUGAGGGGCAGCAGUACGCAGCAGAGGGGCAGGGGCACGUGGCUGACGGGGAAGGGGGGUUCCACCCAGGCGAUGGGCAAGCAGAGGGCGGGGAAGGGGGCGGUGCUGAUGGGGAGUAUGGCAAGCAGUAUGAUGGGGAGCACUAUAACGAGGAUGAUGGAGGAGAGGGUGGGUUCGGUGGAUUUCAAGUGGGCGAGGAGGAGGGAGGGGAGGGAUGGGAGGGCGAGGAGGGAGGGCAGGGAGAGGGGUAUCCAGAUGGGGAGGGGUAUGGGGAAGGGGAGUACGGUGGUGAGGGGGGCUAUGACGGGCAUGCACAGGGGGGCCAGAUGGAGGGAGGGGAGUUUGAGGGCUUUCAAGGGCAAGGCGAGGAAGAGAGCGGUUAUCAGGAGGGGCAGUAUGGGGAGGGGGAGGGGGAGGGGCAGUAUGGGGAGGGGGAGGGACAGUAUGGGGAGGGAGAAGGACAGUACGGGGAGGGGGAGGGACAUUAUGGGGAGGGAGAAGGGCAAUUCGGGCAAGAAGAUGGGCAAUAUGGUCAGGAGGAGGGGCAAUUCAGGCAGGGAGAGGGCCAAUUUGGGCAGACGGAGGGGCAAUUCGGGCAGGGAGAGGGGCAGUAUGGCGAAGGGGAUUAUGGGAAGGAGGGUGAUUGGGGCGCAGGUGACUACCAUGAGGGCGAGGGUGAUUAUAACGAAACUCAGGAUGGGUAUGUGGAAGGUCAGAACCAGUUUACUGAGGAACACGGGGUGUAUGGGGAGGGGCAGUUUGAAGGGCAAGGGCAUUACGGGGAGCAAGGGCAGUACGGAGAGGGUGAGUACAGAGGAGGAGAGUACAGAGGAGGAGAGUAUGCGGGGGAGGGAGAGUAUGCAGAGGCAGGGGCGCAUGAUGGUGGACUGGGAAGCAGUCAAGGUUUUGCAGGUGAGCAGCAGCAGCAGUUUCAACAGCAGCAGCAGCAGCAGGAUUGGCAGGGAGGAGGAGGCGAGGGCAGUGGGGCAGGGGGCACGGGCGCCGGUGGGGAGCAGCUGGAUAGCACGUUCGAGUUCAUGCAGGGCGCGGUGGGGGCGCAUGAGGGAGGCGAGGGGCUGCAGGAGGGGCAAGGCGGGGAGGAGGACAUGGGACAGGACGAGGGAGAGUAUGAGGAUGAGGAAGAGGAAGAUGAGGGAGAGGAGGGUGAGGACGAGGAAGAGGAGGAAGAGGGGGGUGAUGAGGACGAGGAGGAAGGAGAGGAGGGAGAGGAAAGUGGCGGGUUUGCAUUUAAUGUUGCAGGUGAAGAUGCGGAGGAGGAAGAAGAUUAUGAGCUAGGAGAGGAAGGGGAGGAAGAGGAGGAAGAUGAGGAGGAAGAUGAGGAGGAAGAGGAGGAAGAUGAGGAGGAAGAUGAGGAGGAAGAGGAGGAAGAGGAGGAGGAAGAUGAGGAGGAAGAAGAGGAAGAGGAGGAGGAGGAGGAAGAAGAGGAGGGAAGUGAAGCGGAGGGUGUUAGUGAUGAGAACGGGGGAGAGGAGGAUGAAGAGGAGGAUGAGGAGGAGGAAGAGGACGAGGAUGAGCAUGAGGAAGAUGAGGAAGAUGAAGAUGAGGAGGAGGAGGAAGAGGAGGAGGGGGCGGUGAUCGACAUAUUUGGGACGGGCAUGGCGGAGGGCGGGUCGCAGGGUGUGGUGGGCGCGCUGGGGGGGUCCAAAGGGCUGGCCCUGCUGCUGCAACAGCAGCUUGCCGCCGCACGCGCCAAGGCCAUGGGGGGAGGCGAGGGUGGUGUGGUGGCAGGCAGCGAGGAGGAGAGUGAGCUCUCCACGCCCUAUGACACGGAUGCAGGUGAGCUCUCCACGCCCUAUGACACGGAUGCAGGUGCGUUGCAUUGUGGCAACUCACCGCAUGGUGCGCAGCAGUGCAUGGUGCGCAGCAGUGCAUGGUGCGCAGCAGUGCAUGGUGCGCAGCAGCGCAUGGUGCGCAGCAGUGCAUGGUGCGCAGCAGUGCAUGGUGCGCAGCAGUGCAUGGUGCGCAGCAACCUCGAUACAUCGGACUCCAACACAUCAGGCAACCGCCGCACCGCCAUGCUGCACCACGCCGACCCCUCCGCCACCUCCGCCGCCGCUGCAGCGGGCAUGGGUGUGUUCCCGGCGUUGGGAGCCGGGCUGACAGCAGCCAGUGCAGCGCGCAGCAGCCGGUCGGGUGCAGCCACGGGUGCGGGUCGCGGUGCUGCCGGCACAUCACGGCGAGCGGCAGCAGCGGCACGGCAGCGGGGGGGGGCAGCGAGUGGGGCGAGGCUGACGGCAGAGUGUCUGCUGGGCGUGCUGUCGUUCCUCGACUCGCCUCACGACUGGAUCAGCUUCUCCUGUGUCUGCCGCGCCUGGCGCCAGGUGGCACACCAGGGUCUCACGCGGCUGAAGCUACCUAGGGGCAAGCGGGUGAACGCCAUGGGGCUGCUGAGGGCGCUCUCCUACUCGCGCACCCUGCACUCGCUGCUGCUGCCCUCCGCUGCCCUCGACGCGCCCGUCUCCGACGACUUCCUCUGCACCAUCGCCUACACGUGCCCGGCCCUCACGCACCUUGCCCUGGGCCCCGACCCCGACCUGGGCUUUGCGUACGGCCCGCACGGGCUCUCCACGCUCUUCAAGGGCUGCUCGCUGCUGCAGCGCCUCUCCAUUGAGGCCACCCCGCCCCGCACCGCCUUCUCCGGUGCUGCUGCUGCUGGGUCCGUGGUUUCGGGCAGCGAUUCGGCCAGUGGCAUACAGCUGAAGCAGCUGAUGAAGAUUCUUUUUGCCCCGGGCAGCUUGAUGCCGCCAGGGGUGGGUGCGGGUGCGGGGAGCGGGGAAGUGGGAGGGGCGAGAGAGGGCAGCACCAGCAGUCCUCUGCUCUUCGCUGCUGGCGGGGGCGCCAUGCCGCGCGGCUACCCUGGCGACGGCACUCCCAUGGGAGGGGCAGGCGCACAGGGAGGGGCAGCAGGUGCAGGAGCAGCAGGCCGGGGGAACAGGGCAUCUGACAUGGCGGGGAGCAUAAUAGGCGGCACCAUCACGGGCACCAUAGCGGAUGGGCUCAUAGGAGCCGCCAGCGGCAGCACCUCCCUCGUCGGCCGCAUUGCCAGCAGCGCUGCAGGCGCCCUCAUCUCCGACAGCUGGCGCUCUCUGGUUGGUGGGGACGCAGCGGGUGCGGGGACAGGAGCGGGGGGGAGAGGCGGGUGGUGGACGCCACAGACGGGCAUCAUGCCGGGCCUCUCCCACUCCUCCACCUCCGCUGCUCCCACUGCCUACGGCCUGGGAGGGCUGUUCAGCAGCUUCGGCAGCAGCAACACUGGCAGCAGGGGCGGCAUGGGCGGGCUGCCAGCGGGGGUGAGCAAGAGCGUGGCGGAGCUGCUGCACGACUCCGUGCCAAUCCGCCUCGCCACGCCCGCCAAGUCCAACCUCCUCCUCCACUCCUCCCCUGACCUGGGCCGGUCCAAUCUCAGCCCUGCGCGGGCCAGGCCUGCAGGUGUGGCGUUUGGGUCAGGGGCGUGGGCGGUGUGUGGCAGCGUGGGGAAGAGCAGCAGCGAGGGCGGCCUAGCAGGGAGACCGGGGAUGGGAGGUGGGGUGUCAGGAGCUAAGACAGGAGGAGGCAUGGGAGGAGCAGGGGAGGAGGGCGAGGCACAGGGGGUGGUGACUGUGAUAGACAUCCCUGAGUCGCUGGGGCUGCUGCAGCACCUGCGCCAGCUGUCGCUGCACAUCAACAACCCGCGGCAGCAGGUGCGCCUGCCCGACUCCAUCGGCCGCCUCUCCCUGCUGCACGACCUGCACCUCGCCUUCCCCCUGCCCGCCUUCGUGCCGCCCUCCCUGUGGUCGCUGCCGUCGCUGCAGCGCCUGUCCCUGGCGGGGUGGAAGGGCCUCGCCUUCCUGCCCAACUGCCUGGACGACCUCUCCAGCCUGCGCUCGCUGCACCUGCGCUGCCACGACCUGCUCGACCUCCCGCCCUCUGCCGCGCGCCUGCAGCACCUCACAGAGCUGCUGUGGGAGACACCGCGCCGUGGCAAGGACCAUGGGGAUGCUGUUGGGGGUGGAGGUGGGGGUGGGGGUGGGAGUCUGUUUGGGGAUCACUACCAGCACCACCAGCAGCAGCAGCAGUCGCUGGAUAGUGCGUCGGUGCCGCCAUCGCUGGGUCUGUUCACGCAGCUGCAGCACCUCACGCUGCGCAACGCCACCUUCUUGCCGGACGACCUGCAGCUGCUGGCACCCAGUCUCACGCACCUGCAGGUGUGGGGCGCCCACGGCCACCUGCGCUUCCUCCCGCACUCGCUGCUGCGCCUGCGCCGCCUGCACCACCUCGACCUGCGCGGCGCCUUCUCCCUCGUGCCACCUGGCAUCGGCUGCCUCAAAGAGCUGACUCAGCUCUGCCUCGUCAGCGGGUCGCUGGAGAGCCUGCCGCCGUCCAUGGCUGAGCUGGCGAGCCUGGAGGAGCUGCGAUUGGACGGGUGCUCGGGCGAUCUGCAGCUGCCCGACAUGCUCUUUGCCCGCCUCAAGCGCCUGCGCUCACUCUCCCUGCCCACCAAUGCCGCCUCCACUGUGCCGCGCGGACUCACCCUGCUCACCUCGCUCGCCUCCCUCUCCAUCGAGUGCUCUGCCUCCGUCCCCACACCCCAACCAGCCGCCGCUCUUGCCAUCCCCGACCCCCUGCCGCUCACGCCUCCACCGCCCCCAACACCUGCCGCUGCCAUCUUCAGCGCCCUCGCUGCCUCCUUCUCCCCACCACCACCUUCUCGAUCCCGCUCGCCACACCGCUCCCCCUCACCCAUCCCCUCCAUGACCCCCCUCCCUCCUCCCUCCUCUCCUCUCACCGACUCCUGGGACCCAUCCCGCCUGCCGCCUGCACCCACCGCCCUGCCGUCCACAUCGGUGCUCCCUCUGGCCUUUGGCUCGCUGGCCAGUCUGCGCUCACUGCGUCUGCUGUGCCCGCACGUCACGGCCCUGCCGCCCACCUUCGUGGCGCUGCCCCGCCUGGAGGACCUGCAGCUGCGCUUCUCGGGGUCGCUGCCGCGCUCCUUUGGCGCGCUCACAUCGCUGCGCUCGCUCGUGCUCGACAGCCCCAAGCUCUACGCGCUGCCCGAGUCCAUUGGCAACCUCUCCCUGCUCACCUCACUCACGCUCGCCUGUGCGCACCUCACCCUGCUGCCCGUCUCCAUCGGCCAGCUCACAGCGCUGCGCUCGCUCAAGAUCCUCCAGUGCCACUGCCUCGAGUCCCUCCCCUCCUCCCUCUCUGCCUUGGCCAGCCUCUCCCUCCUUGACGUCUGCUGUGACAAUCUCAACUGGCUGCCCGUGUCGUUUGGCCGCCUGUCUGCACUGGAGGAGCUAUCCCUGGCAAGCAAGAACCUCACGCAGCUACCCGAGAAUUUUGGGCAGCUGCAGCACUUGCGCCUGCUGCGGCUCGACUGCCCGGCGCUUCAGAACCUGCCCGCAACGUUUUGGCAGCUGCCGGGGUCUAGCUCUGACUGUCCUCGCCCCACCCUUCCUCGAGUGGUUGUCCCUACCUUUCCCGAGCGUGACCGCCCGCAGGGACAGACCAAGCGCAACGCCGAUGCUGCCCCGCCAAGUCCUCGCCACCGCAUGAUGAAACGCCAGCGGAAUGCCAUCACCGCGAAGGAGAAACUCCACUGGUUGAAGAUGCAAGACUCCCAGCCCGACCUCUCUAAUCGCGUGCUGGCGAAACUCGCGAACGUGCAGCCCUGCCAGAUCCGCGAAUGGAAGAAGAUGCGGGAGCGGCUGGAGGUCGCUUCCAGCUGCCGCCGUCGCCUCCUGGGGCAGGGGCGCAAGUCCAAGUACCCGUUCAUGGAACGGGCUGUCUACCGCCAGUUCCUGAAGCACCGGGCGAAGGGCCUUACCGUCACGGUCAGCAUGCUCCAGAAGUGGAGCGCCAAGUACAUGAAGCACAGGAUGCACGUGGUCAACUGGCACGCUUCGUUCCGGUGGGCGACUCGUUUCCGCGCGCGCUGGCAUUUGGCGAGGCGGGUGAAGACGAAGAUGGGACAGAAGCUGGCUGCGGGUAAGUGA